AUGGUUCGCAACAACACCACACAAGAUAUCGAGGCGGAUUACGAAGCGCAAAGGCAGGCCAACAUCAAGGCGAAUUUCGAAUUGAUGAUGUCGCUUGGUUUGUAUCAGUCUUCGACUUUUCUCUACCCCAGGCCGCCUUCUACGCCGAAGGCUAAGUCUUCACCGAAAGCAAAGGCAGCUUCUUCCUCGGGGUUUGUUGAUGGAGGCGAAGAUGUUGAACAGAGGGUGGAGAGACCAAAACGAAUCACCCGCUCGGUAUCCCGUGUUAUGGAACCCAAACAAAGCACCGCAAGAGGAAUGAAAAGAGCGCUAAGCGACGAAGGGCUGCCUAGCCGCAAGACGAAACGCUCUGAUCCGACGGAGUACAAUCCCGAUGCGUUCAUCGAUUCUGACAAUUCUGACGACGACAAAGACGAAUCCUAUCGCUCCCACAAAUCUUCUCGACCGCACACCAGCUUCAAUCCUAACCCAACCUACAGAGACAAAGCUGAGCUCCAACGCCACUCCGAUCGUCUGGGAAUCCGUAUUCACAACCCCAAAACCUUCGGUUCCAUCCCUGGCAUCCCCAUCGGCACGCUCUUCUCUAAACGCAUCCACGCAUCAACCGCAGCCAUUCACGCUCCUACCGUAGCUGGCAUUAGUGGGAACGAAGAAGUUGGUUGUUGGAGUAUCUGUCUUUCUGGUGGUUAUGAAGACGAUAUCGACUCAGGCCACACUUUCACCUAUACUGGCUCAGGAGGUAGAGAUCUAAAGGGAACGGCGAAUAAUCCAAAGAAUCUUCGUACAGCCCCACAAAGCAGUGAUCAAGAAUGGGAGGGAAAAAACGCAGCACUAAAGAAGAGUGUCAAGACGGGCAAACCGGUUCGAGUGAUGAGAGGGUGGAAAGGUGGGAAUAAAUGGUGUCCGAGGGAAGGGGAGGGAUAUGUGUAUUGUGGUUUGUAUAAGGCGGUUGAUGCUUGGAUGGAGAACGGUAAGGCUGGAUUUUUGGUUUGUCGGUUUAGAUUUGUUAGGUUGCCCAGUCAGGAGCCUUUGCCUACCUUCGAUCAUGAAAGAGAGGAAAGUGGAGAUAAAGCUGAGGCUGAGGAUGAGAGGAAGGAAAGUGAGGAUGAGGUGCAAGUUGUUGAGCCGCCAAAAGAAGUCUCAGCGCGGGAAAUGAGUGCUCGCAACCGCGCCCAACCCCGUCCCUCCAUGGCAACCAGCUCAAAGGUCGCAGCGUCACCCUCACCAACACCAUCGAACCGCUCCAUCCGAAGCACAUCCUCCAUCAGCCCCCACCCCAUCCUCAAAUCUUCGUCAAGUGACUUUGAUCGGUCGCAGUACACCAUCAUUUCCGACUCAGACUCUGACGUGGAGGAGGUUGAGAGGGAAGAGGAGGAAGAAGUGCAGCUCAUCCUCGAAGUUGACGCAAAAGGAAAAGAGGUUGAGGAGAGAGUUGCGAGAAGGUCGCCAAGAAAGAGUAAGGCGAGUUGGAAGAAGUUGGAGUUCGAAACUGGUUGGAAGACCUUUCGCUCCUAA